CGCUGGAACGCGAGCGCGCGCCCCGCCGGGGCCUGUGCGCUGCGCGCGUGCGCGAGCGGUGCAGCACCGGCCGCGGGAGCCGGGAGUAUUAUGGGCUGUGGGUGCUGCUGAGCAAGAUGGAGCUGUCUGCAGUGGGCGAACGGGUCUUCGCGGCCGAAUCCAUCAUCAAGCGGCGGAUCCGCAAGGGACGCAUCGAGUACCUGGUGAAAUGGAAGGGGUGGGCGAUCAAGUACAGCACCUGGGAGCCCGAGGAGAACAUCCUGGACUCGCGGCUCAUCGCCGCCUUCGAGCAGAAGGAGAGGGAGCGUGAGCUGUAUGGGCCCAAGAAGAGGGGACCGAAGCCCAAAACUUUCCUCCUGAAGGCCCGGGCCCAGGCAGAGGCCCUCCGCAUCAGUGAUGUGCAUUUCUCUGUCAAGCCGAGUGCCAGUGCCUCCUCACCCAAGCUGCACUCCAGCGCAGCCGUGCACAGGCUCAAGAAGGACAUCCGCCGCUGCCACCGCAUGUCCCGCCGCCCCCUGCCCCGUCCAGACCCCCAGGGAGGCAGCCCCGGCCUGCGCCCGCCCAUCUCACCCUUCUCUGAGACGGUUCGCAUCAUCAAUCGCAAAGUGAAGCCACGAGAGCCCAAGCGGAACCGCAUCAUCCUCAACCUGAAGGUGAUAGACAAGGGCCCAGGUGCGGGGGGCACUGGGCAGGGCCCCGGGGCGCUCACCCGCCCCAAAGUCCCCUCAAGGAACCGCGUCAUCGGCAAGAGCAAGAAGUUCAGCGAGAGCAUCCUGCGCACACAGAUCCGCCACAUGAAGUUCGGAGCCUUCGCUCUCUACAAGCCCCCGCCCGCCCCGCUGUCGCCCCCGCCCGCCAGCAAGGCUGACCUUGCUGCGUCCCCAGGCCCGGGGCUGCUCCUGCCCACCCCCACGGCCACCUAUGAUGCCCGCAGCUCCAGCUCCUCUGGCUGCCCCUCGCCCACACCUCAGUCCUCCUCAGACCCCAACGACACACCCCCCAAGCUGCUCCCGGAGACCGUGAGGCCCUCUGCCCCCGAGUGGCACGAGCCCGAGGUGCUCGACCUGUCCAUCCCUCCCGAGUCGGCAGCCACCAGCAAGCGGCCACCUCCUGAGGUCACUGCCGCUGCUGGCCAGGCACUUCCCCCAGCCCCGGAGCCCACUGGUGCCUCCUCUGAGCUGGAGGCCGGGAACUGGCGCCCGGAGAUGUCGCCUUGCUCCAAUGUGGUAGUCACCGACGUCACCAGCAAUCUCCUGACGGUCACUAUCAAGGAAUUCUGCAACCCUGAGGAUUUCGAGAAGGUGGCUGCUGGGGUAGCAGGUGCCGCGGGGGCCAUUGGUAGUGGGGUGAGCAAGUGAGUCCCCCCAGGAGGGAGGCUUGGGGGGCUCCUGUCCGAAGUCACACUUGUGCUCCCACCCCACCCCUGCCCUUAGACCCGUCUGCCUGUGCUGUGCUUGUCUCACGUGGCUCGGUGUUGACCCAGAGAUGGGGCUGGGCAGCUGGCCCCUCAGGGGCCAGCAGGUGGGCCAGUCCUAGACUAGGUUAGGGCUGGGGCAGGGCCGGGCGCUGAGAAGUGCUCCCUCGUCUCUUGCCACUGCCCCUGCCCAUGCACAGUGGGGCCUGCUGGGUGGUCUCUGGGGAGCCCCAGACCUGGGGUUCCCCUGCCCCAUCCAUAUCCCACCCCGCCGUCCCUCCCAGCUUGCUUCUUGCUCUCGUGUACAGCAUCUGAUCUCGGUGCUAACCCAGCAGCUGAGGGGCCCUUAGGAGACCCCCACCCAGGGUGGGCACAGCCCCUUCUGCCCAUUUGGCAAAGCCCCAGACAGAGUGAAGGACGAGGCCAGAUGGGCUCCUCUCUCCACACCAGUGAGCUUAGCAGCCACUUUUGGGCCAGUUCCAUGCAGGCCCCUGGUGCCCACCCCUGCCUUUCUGAACCCCUUUUGAAGGCAGGAGGAGCUGACAGAAUGCACCCUGCCACCACUUCUGGGCAUCUAAAGCCCUUUUAGUUCUCGACCAAAGGUGCUACAAGAACCUACUGUGGAGACCCCAGCCGUGCAUGUGUGUCCGCCCUGGGCAAGUGUGUACGUGGAUCUGUAUGUGCGUUGAGUGCUGGGUGCCAUCCUUUCCUGAUGGUACCUUCACACCUCUUCGGAACAGGGUCCUAAAGGCCUGGUCCUGGCCCACCUUAGUGGGGCCUGGCACAGCCGGGUCUGGGCAGUCUGCUGUGGGAGCCCCAGUGUUCUGGGGCCAGUGAGCCCCAGGCCCCUCUCUCCAGUGGUCAGCCUGGCCAGUUGGGUCUGCCCUGCAGUCAUUGCAUGGUGGGGACUGUGGCAGAGAGCUGGUGUCCACACCGGCCUCCCCUUCUGCCCAGUGGUCAGGGAAGAAGGAGGAGACCUUGGAGACUUCCCGACUGUCUUCAGCUUCUCCCACCCUUUCUUGGCUUCUGACCGCUGAAGCUUUUUCACAGCCCAGCCUGCUCAAAGCCACAGGAGGCCGGGAUGCCCUGGGCAGCUUCCAUUGCCCUAUGCUGCCUGGGCACCAAGGCCUCCAUGCCAGCAGCAGUGACCAAAGCCCCACUUUUAGGCUGGGCACCGGGAGGUAGGCAGACCAAAGGGGAGAGACCACAUGUUCCAGAUGGCAAGGAGAUUGGUCACCAGGGGUGAACUGGCCUACUUUCGGCCACUGCCUAGGAUUUGGACAUGGGUGGCACAUUCCUGUGUGUGGCUGGAGCUGGUUUCUUGUGUGUGCAGCUGUGGGUACCUCGUUCAGAAGCAGAAUGACAAGAGGCAGGUGGGAAGGGAACCCGAUCAGAUGACCAGCCCUUGGUCCUGAGAGGAGGACACUUUCUUCUGAGUCUUCCUGCGAGGGCUGCAGCGUGGCCUCACCCUCCCCAGUGCAGGGUAUAGAACAGGCCCUCACAGGGUUUGAGAUGGUGGCACUCCUGGGUCCCUUCCUGCCCUGCCCUUUGUGCAGGCCUUGUGACCGUCCAAGUGCCAAUUGGCUUUUCCCCAAAAUAAGGGCUGGUAUUUCUCCUCUGUCGGUAGAGGUGAUUUCCCCCUGACCCCUUCCCGGGUACGACUUACCUGGGUACAAGUUACAGGUGUUUCCAGAGACCAUAGAAAUGUGUUUUCCUGAGAGUCUGUGUCAUUGGUGACUUUUUUUGUAAAAAAGUUGUGUUUUCAGAGGUGAUUUUAUGACAGGAAAGUGAAAGAAUUAGUUUUACAAAAAAAAAAAAGGGAAAAAAAAGAAAAAAAAGAAAAAAAAAAGAAAUAGAAAAAACUAUUGCGGGAUUCCUAAGGGAGCGGGGUGGGGGGAGAAAGAUAUUUAAAGAGAACCUAGUAGCGCGGCAUUGCACAGCCGAGGUGGGGAGGUUAGGAGGGGCAUCCCGGGCCUGGGGCUGCUGGCAGCUUGGACCCAGCCUGGCCACUGGCCACCUCUUUGGCCCAGGUGGGUGAGACUUCCCUGCCAGCCUGGGCCAGACUUCCACACCCGUCCUUGUCCUUGCUUGAAGGGAGAGGCCAUAGCCUGUCCCAGGGGAGCUGGCCUGAAGCUGGGGUACCAGGCAGAUAGAGGGCGAAGGCUCCGUGACUUGGGACCUGAGGGGGUCCACAGGGUCCUCCUCUGGCCUGUGGUUGAUUUUCUCCAGGAAGCCUGGAGAGUUCUUGCUCUCCUCCCUUUGCCAGCUUGUUGGUCCCUACCACUGCCACACCAUGAGGGGGGGCAGCUCCCCCAUCACCCCAAAGACCCUGACAUCCCUGAGCUUCCCUGGCCAGGAGAGGGAUGCAGGCUGCAGAAAGCUGUGAGCCCCAGGAGACUGUGACUGGAGUGGUGGGGAGAAGGCAUUGCCCAUGUCUUUCUGAGGCUUUCCAGGGGCCACACCAUGCACGCACAGUGCCUGGAGGUGGGUGCUCCCAGGGGGCUGGGUGGGGACGGGAUCAACAGCAAGCCAAGCCACCCUCUGUCCCCAGGAGGUGCAGUGCGGCCCACACGCCCUUGACCACACACUUGCAUGUGGAUCAGCCUCCUGUGGGCCCCUUCUCCACCCCUUGCUGCUUUUCCAUUUGCCUAAUUACCAAGCAGAAGUUGCAAUCUGGUUUGCUUUAUUUUUGUAUGUGAAAUAACCCCCAAAGCCCAAGCUCCCGAGUCCAGUGUUUCUUGGGCAUCGGUUAUCUCCCCUUAAAUGCACCAUCCUCCUUACCCACGAGUCAUAGGAAUUAGGCGAAGUCUGGUGUAUCUGGGUUGAAUGAAAGAGUGGGGACCCAUCCCUGUCUCAUUUCCCCUCUGACCUCAGUCUGCCCUCCACGGAGGGGGUGUUCUGGGCAGCAGGGCCCUGGCCAAAGCACUGCUGGCGUUUAAGGACCAAGGGUGCUCCAGGCUGCUGGCCCAGGGCUUCCAGGCACCCACAGGCACCCUUAUUCUCAGCCCUGCAAAGGGGUCGAGUCAGAAUGAGCCUCUUCCUCCCCUUCCCUCUGAUCAGGGAAGAGGUGAGGAUCUCCAGCCUCCCGGGCAUGUGGGCAGAGUGGAAGGGACCACCCCAUUUCAGAGGCAGCUAAGCUGCUUCCCUGGGGUGACAUGGCAGGCCUAUCGCCCAAGCUGACCUGGCCUCUGGGGAACAGCCCUUCAAAAGGGGACCCCAAGGCCAGCACAAGGGGGAUCCCUGAGCUGGGCAGCCCACAGCUGGAGGGUCAGCCCAGAGAAGGAAGCUCGGUCAGCCCCAGGUGGCUGGGCUGCUGCCGGCCUUUCCAACCUCUCUGGUCACCCAAGAAGAUGCAUCCCAUUCUUCCCUUUUCUGUGGUUUGGUUUUGGGAGUUUGUUUUUUUUCUUUUUGCACUUCGCCCAUGCUGGACAGUGGAGCCCUGCCUGCCCAGUUCUGCUCCCGGGCUCUCAUGCACUAGCCCAAGGCAGCCUCUUUGGGGCUUGUAUGGUUUAAGGAAUCACUUUAAAAAAAAAAAAAAAAAAAAAGAUGUUUAAGGGUUUUACUUUUUGCUGUUUGCAUCUCCCCUCAAUUCAGAAAGCCCAAGAUGAGGGGCUAUAGCCCCAGGAGAGGGCUCUCUGACCCUUUUCUUGCUAACACUGAGAUAUGGAAGUUGGGAGCCAGUUGGGUAGGGGUCCCAGACCCCACCUCCCAGCCUGCUUAUCUCCUCGAGCCUUGAAGGAGUCAGCACUCCGCUCCACCAGAGAGUGCGCGCCUACUGUAUGCAGAGCAUCAGCUAGGCUACAGGGUCUGAUGGUCUAGUGGGGGAAGCCACUCCCUAGGGGCCAGGUGGGAGCAUGGAGCAUUGGCCUGGCCUUGCUUGCUGUUGGGUGCAGGGGAGAUGGAGACUUCUUUUGUUGGUUUUAAUUUAAAAACACAAAGGCCUGAAGAAAUAUGUAUCUUAUAAUUUUUUUAAUUUUUGAAAAGCUCAUUUAAUGAAUUGUGCACGAAUGAAUUCUAUAUAUAUAAAAAUAUACGUAUAUAGCUCUAUAUUUGGGGAGGGGCACUGUCUCUUUUUCUCUCGCAUUUUUAAGAUGAAGUGUUGUUGCCUUUGUCUGUGGUUCAACCAUCCAGCUCCCAGCUGGCUAAACUUUGCCUCCAGUGGUUAAAGAUGGGAAUGUAGUAGGCUGGCAGGGGGGAAGUGGGGAUGGGUCCCCCAGUCCACCCUGCCCCUCCCUGGUGGAGACAGAGGGCUUAUUUUGGGUGUGGGUUUGGUUCUCUUGUUCCGGGUUCAGUGAAUUCUGAGCCAGGGGAGGGCGGGUUCGUGCUGAUUACUCUGUCUUGUAUGUUUUGUUCUGCUGCUCUUUAAUAUUAUAUGCCAGGAAAGGGGAGUGAAAAGCCUUUUACCCCCAAAUAAAAUGUCACAUUCCAAAACUACA